ACAGCCCGCAACUGUUCUCUCAGUUUCCGCGAUCCAUUCCAAGCUCGUUUUGAGCCUUGUUGCUUGCGAGCCUUGUUUGGGUGCAAUUUUCGGGAACGAAGGAUUCAAACUGGCAGGAAGCAAGCGACUCAGUUUUUCAGGUCAGGGCGGGUUGCUGAACAGAAUGUUCGGUGGCUCAUCGAGCCCUAAUAAAGACAAGAAUACCUCAAUUGCGUCUCCUUCUACGAUUACUUCUACCACCCGGGCCCGCGUUACCGAAUCUCCUCCCGCUCGCGAGGGCAAGGGCUCGUCCAGCGACAUCCUCAAGCGAUCAAACGACAAACGGGACCAGAACGGGGAUAAAAAGCGGCGGGGUAGUUCCGUGAGCAGGGCUGCAGCGUUUUUCGCAAACGCAAAGAACUCAUUGCAUAUCUCAGGCCUGCGCGAGCCACAAAAGUCGCCUCAAGUCGCGCAGACGCCGCUGCAGAUCCUAGGCAAGAUGGAUCCAGCCUUGGUUGUUCCCCAGGGAUCAUUGAAUAAUUCAGCGGGAGAGUCGUUGCCCACCCCUCGUUCCUCCUUUCGCGUCGGAGUCACAGAAGACAAGAAUAAGAAAUGCCGGCGAACUAUGGAAGAUACCCAUGCAUACCUUUACAAUUUCCUAGGGACACCACUUUCAAUAAACCAGGGUGAAUCUUCGCCGCAGAGUAGCCAGCCCAAGGAACCUGGAGGACCGGAAUCUGGCGACUCGACACCUAUAAUUGAGACAGAUAAUGGAUACUUCGCCAUCUUCGACGGCCACGCAGGAACAUUUGCUGCUGAGUGGUGUGGAAAGAAGCUACAUCUUAUUUUAGAGGAGACUAUCAGAAGAAAUCCCACUAUACCGGUGCCGAUUCUCCUUGAUCAGACUUUUACCCUCGUUGACCAGCAGUUAGAACAGUUGCCUUUAAAGAAUAGCGGCUGUACUGCUGUUAUUGCAGUUCUUCGAUGGGAAGACAGAGCCCCAAACUCUACGAUUUCUACUCCAGACGCGGUGAACAACAAGAUACAGAAUCCUGAACCAAAAGGAGACAGGGGUGAGACGCUACAAAUUCCAGGCAAUUCGACCACGGAAACGCCUUCGGCUAGAGACUCAAGAACUAUGUCUGCUUCUAAACCUGAAAAUCCUACUGUUCGCCAACGAGUAUUAUAUACUGCCAAUGUUGGUGACGCAAGAAUUAUUCUAUGUCGGAAUGGAAAGGCACUACGGUUAUCCUACGAUCAUAAAGGCAGUGAUGAGAAUGAAGGAAUGCGAAUUACCAAUGCGGGUGGUUUGAUAUUAAACAACCGUGUAAAUGGCGUUCUUGCGGUUACCCGAGCGCUAGGGGACUCGUAUAUGAAGGAUCUUGUUACAGGCCACCCGUUCACAACAGAGACUGUCAUUCAACCAGAGGCCGAUGAAUUCCUAAUAUUGGCUUGCGAUGGCCUCUGGGAUGUGUGCACAGAUCAGGAAGCUGUUGAUUUGAUCCGCAACGCCCACGAUCCUCAAGAAGCGUCCAAAAUCCUUGUAGAUCAUGCCCUCUCCCAAUUCAGCACGGACAACUUGUCCUGCAUGGUUGUGCGCUUUGACUCAAAGGCUCACGCGGAUGGAGUUAACAUCAAAUCGGCCGGCGAGAGUGAAGCCUUGAAUAAGACUAGCGUUAGCGAAACUGACAAGAUCGUGGCUCAAGCCAAGAGGGAAUCGCAUCGAAAUUCCGCGUCAAAUCUUGGUCCUGCCAUAACAGAAGCCGAUAGCAGCAGUGAAGUUGAGGUUGCUGCGGCGAAACUUGAUGAGGAACCAGGGCCGGAACUAUCCCUCCCAGAAAAGCCGAAGAAUGACGUGGAUGCUACGUCGUCGACCGCUUCGAGUGAGCUCACUUCAGCCCCUAAUAAAGGGAGUCCUCCAGAGGUCGAAUAGCGCCAGUGGUUCUCUUGGGUGAGAAAUAAACUACGGAGAGUGUGCUUAUUUUUCUAAGAUGGCGGCGGAAUACAAUAUCUCAACGUGCGCCCUCUUUCAUACGUCUCCUGCGGUUCUCCCCAUGAAAUGAGAGGUACUCCUAGUGAGUUCCUGUCUCUGCAACGGGCGCCAUCUUCCGCUUACCGGUAUGCGGCGUCACAGCACAGCGCUGGACCUUCUCGCUGGUGUCUAACGUCUUCCAUGGAUGCAGCCACCAUUUGCGUUCCUCGAAUGCUGCAUGAAUUUUCUUUCCCUUGAUCCCCUACUUCCCACCUUGUGAUGACCCCCUUUCCCCUCAUAUCUCGAUCCACCUUUUGUUUGAGUUUGCGUCGUCGUGCAAGCCUACAGACUUCUGUUUUCUUGUUUGCUUUUUCUGAAUUCUAUGCGAUGCGCUACGGAGAGAUGCGUUACGCAUUUC